GCGGAGAAAUGUGGGGGGGCGGGGCAAGACGUGGGGGCGGAGCCAGGCUCAGGUUUGCGAGGAGAGGAACUGGGGGCAAUAGGUGGGGCAUAGCUAAACCGAGAAACAGAAAUAGAGACCGACUGAAGAGUAGGGGUCGGAGGCAGAGCAGAGGCAGAGGAAAGAAGGAUAGGGCAAGGUUAAGGGGUGAGGCUGGGAGGCGGGGCGAAACCAGGGGUAAGGGCACGGCCAGGAGCAACAGUAGGGGAGAGCCCUGGAGUAGCAGCAGAGGUGGGGUCCGGAAGAGCAGUAAUUGCCGGCCCGAGGUCUGGAGCAGAGGUGGAGCCAGGAGCAAGAACAGGAGAGAAGCCAGGAGCAAGAGCACAGGCGGAGCCAGGAGCAAAAACAGGCGAGAAGCCAGGAGCGAGAGCAGGAGAGGAACAUGGAGCAAGAACAGGCGAGAAGCCAGGAGCGAGAGCAGGAGAGGAACGUGGAGCAAGAACAGGCGAGAAGCCAGGAGCGAGAGCAGGAGAGGAACCUGGAGCAAGAACAGGACCGGAGCCAGGAGCAAAAGUUGAAGCCACGUUACCCACUUGCCCGAGAUGUUUCCUGCUGGCCCUGCUCCGUGGCCGAGGCUCCGAGUCCCGCGGGCGCUGUGGGCACUGCUGGUGGUGCUGUUGGCACCGUGGAGGUUGUGGGCGAUACAGGAAACCCAGGAGUGCACCUGGCAGGUUGUCUUGAACAACUUAGAGUCAGUAGGCAAGAACGACGCGAUCGAUCAUUUCGUCGAUCAAGAGCUGUACACAGUGGACAAAGUGUUCGACCUGCUAGUGGACGCACCCGUCGACCCCGACGAGACAUACCUGGGCUUUCCUUACUACCUGAAGAUCAACUACUCCUGCACAGGAGAUGUGUCCUCCGAGGCCCUGGUCCGCAAGGGCCAUCUGACAGGGCUGAAGCCGGUGGUGCUGGUCACCUUCCAGUCCCCAGUCAACUUCCAUCGCUGGAAGAUAGAGCAGCUGCAGAUCCAGAUGGAGGCAGCCCCUUUCCGCAGCCCAGGUUUCAUGUGAACAUUAACGGCUUCCUGGACAGACAGCGAGACCAGGAACUCCAAUUCACUGUGGGAAAUGAGCUCUUCCAUCUGAUACCCCGGUACUUUGUGAAUGUCCCGUCGAGGCCGCUGUGGUACACUGUGGACCAGACACCUGUACUCAUCCUGGGUGGCAUCCCUGAGGAGAAGACCGUCCUACUGACCGACACAAACUUCAAGGACUUCUUUCUCGUGGAGCUGAGCAUUGACAGUUGCUGGGUAGGCUCCUUCUACUGCCCCCAAGCCAGCUUCACCGCCACCAUCUACGAUGCCAUUGCCACUGAGAGCACCCUCUUCAUCCGGCAGAACCAGCUCAUCUACUAUUUCACAGGCACCUACACCACACUCUACGAGAGCAAUCAUGGCAGUGAGAGAUGGGUUCGAGUCCUGGCUAACGAGUGCAUCAAGAGGUUGUGCCCCGUGCAUUUCCAUAGCAAUGGCUCCGAGUACGUGAUGGCCCUCACCACUGGCAAGAACGAAGGUUAUGUCCACUUUGGGACCAUCACAGAUGGCCUCGUGUCCUUCAAGUUGUUGCCCAGGAAUCGGUCCGUGUGCAGUGCAAUUCUAGUUGUCAACUGCUCCAUCACCUGGGCCGUAUUCGUUGCUGGUGACUACAAUCUACUGAUGCUGGUGGAGAUUGUAGGCCCUACCUCCUCGAAGUAUUUCCAGGUGGUCAGCUAUGACCUGGUCAGUGAUCACCUGGUUGUCCUCUACACCAUCCCAGAAUUCAUCCCUGACGCUCGAGGCCUGGAGUUCCUGAUGAUUCUAGGGACAGAGUCCUAUACCAAAUUUCCGAUGGUCCCCAAGGGCAUGUCCUACAACCCGUAUAACAACCUGCUGCUCAUCUGGGGCAACUUCCUCCUCCAGAGUUUUAACAGUGAAAACUUCAUUUAUCUGGCGGACUUCCCCAAGGAGCUGUCCAUCAAGUACCUGGUGAACUCGUUCCAAGGGGACAUGGCCAUUGUCACCGAGAACGAGGAGAUCUGGUACCUCCUGGAGGGCAGCUACCAGGUGUACCAGCUAUUCCCGUCCAAGGCCUGGGAGGUGUACAUCAACCUCCAGGUUCUUCAGCAGUCCUCUCUCUACGCCCCCAAUGAGACCAUGGUCACCCUCUUCUACGAAGACAAAAAACUGUACCAGCUGGUGUACCUGAUAGACAACCAGCAGGGCAGGCUCGUCAAGAGGCUCAUGCCCGUGGAGCAGCUACUGAUGUACCAGCAGAUCAGUGACGACUAUGUCUUGGAGCGGCAAGGGAGCCACCUGACGCUGUCCUUCUCCAACUUCUGCCCCUUCACGGUGAUGCAUCUGCGGGAGCUGCCCAACCCGCAGAUCUACACGCGCCAGGAGCGCUACCGCGCCCGGCCGCCGCGCGUCUGGGAGCCCUGGGGCUUCCACAGCGAGAACUCGCUGGCUGUCUAUCAGGGCCUCGUCUACUACCUGCUCAAGCUGCACUCGAAGUACGACAAGCCAUACGCGGACCUAGUGCACGACUCCACCUGGCGCUGGUGGAAGAACAAGAAGCAGGACCAGGAUUACUACUUCUACCUGGCCAGCAACAGGCGGAAUGCAGGAAGGGUGCACGUUGACAUGACCAGCUACGAAAAGAUCUACGACCUCAAGGCCGAGAACGAGCUGCCCGAGCGCAUCUUCCUGGACAAGGGUACCAGCUACAGCUUCUCAGUCUUCCUGACGGCCCGGAAGCCAGAAGUCCAGCACGGCCCCUCCUUCCAGGUGCUGAGCCCUUUGGAUCUGGCUGUGGUGCUGGCGGACCCCGACUGCAUUGAGGCGGUGGUGAAGGAGAAGGUCCUUGUUAAUCGCAACUCGGUGCUUUUCUGGGUUACGCUCAGUGAUAAAAGGUCUUGCUUUGACCAGGGCAUUAGUGGACAUCACCUCAUGAAGACCUCCAUGCUCGUCAAGGUGUUGGGCUCGUCUGGGCACUGCUUCCAGAACACGAACCAGGGGCUUCGUAUGCAAGGCAACCUGAUGGUGCCAGUGCUUAUCGGCUGCCCGCCAGGCAAGCGCCUGGCCUUGGACAUCACCUACACGCUGCAAUACAACCGCGUGCAGAACAAACACUACUUCGACUGCGUCAAAGUGGACCAGGAGAUGCCCUGCUUUCUCUUCCGGGACACCUUCUACCCAUUCUUCUUGAUCCAAGAUUUGGUGACGGGUGAUUCUGGCAGUUUUCAGGGCAGCUACGUGCUGAAGGUGGUGGGCGGCGGGCCCACCCUUGACACCAUCAAGGAAUACAGCGAGGAGGAAAUCUACCGCUUCAACAGCCCCCUGGACAAGACUGGCAGCCUCAUCUGGACUACGGAGAACACAACGACCACCGAGGACCUGGCCUUCAACAUCAUGUCGCACAACAGUUUAGGCAUCGAGUGGCUAUGUCUGGAGAACUCACCGUGCCAUGACACCAUUCCCCACAGCAUCUUUGCCCCUGAAUUCUUCUUCAAGGUGUUGGUGAGCAAUAGAGGUGUGGACGAGAGCACCUAUUGCGACUACCAGCUCACCUUUCUGCUGCACAUCCAUGGACUCCCGCUCAGUGCCAGGCGGGCCUUCCUCAUCCUCCUGGUGUCAGCCAGCCUGUUUGUCGGCCUGGUGAUUCUCUACAUCAUCUGCUGCCUUCUGUCGCCCUACAUGGUGAAGUUUUGCAAUUUCCUCCGCUGGAAGAUCAACAGCAUCAUUGGCUUAGAAUCUUACUACACCUACAGUACCCCCUCCGACAGCAGGGCCUUCAGCCACUCUGGGACCAUGUCUUGGAGGAGCUCCAGGUUAAACUCCAGGGUUGUCUACAAGGGGGCAGAGGAGAACAAGGCUGAAACUAAGGACGCCUUGAAGAGGAAGUCCACCACCUAAGCCUCUGGCCUGCCCCAGCCACCACCCACCCUUGUCUCUUAUGUCCUGGGUUGCCUUGGACAUCGCUUGCUCAUCCUAGGCCUUUCUCCCUGUUUUGCUUGAAUUUUCACUUCACAUUUCAGCAUCAGCCAUGGGACCUUGUGAGGACUUGUGUUCAGUUAGUUUGUACCACCCAGCUGCAUUGGUUAUUAAAAUAUCAAAAUCCUCCUGUGCCAAGCUGGUA